UCAGGCACGUUUCAAUGCAUUUUAAUAGAAGGACUUUUAUUUUGAAACUACCACUCUUAUUUUGACGGGCCUCGCAGCAACCGGACGUGCUGAGGAGAGAGUUUCCUCUGAGAUGCAGACGGCAGACGCAGGCAGAGAGGAGACCACAAAGCACAAACUGUUUGACACGCAAAUAACUAAGCACAAAUCAGUUCCACUCCGGGCAGAAGCAACGCCUUUUCACUAUUAUUUGUGCUCAAGAUGGCAAGCGUGUAAUUAAAGCCACAACUACAACGAGGACACGUCUUGUCUUUUGAGUCAAAGUUUAGCUAGCUGUCUAGUUGAAACACACACGUCUCAGCGAGGACAGUACAGUGAAAAGGCGAGAAUUUCCGGAGUUCAGCUGAAAAGAAGAUGGACGCCAAGCCAGAAGCAAGCAAGUCAGACAAAGGCUCCAAAACUGCAAAAAGCUCUCGCUCCUCCGCAUCUAGCACAGCAAUUCAAGCACGAGCCCAGGCCGAAGCAGCCAAAGCACGAGCUUCAUACGCCGACACAGAAGCAAAGCUUAAAGUAGAAAGUGCAGCAAAGGAAGCAGAGUUGCAGUUAAGCAAAGCAAAGUUGGACGCAGAGUUAAAAGCGCUGGAAUACAAGAGAGAGGCAGCUGCAGCCAUAGCACAAGCUGAAGCAUUAGAAGCGGCUGAAGAACUGGAGUCAGACAAAUCAGAUUCAAUUGCUCGAGAAAAUUUAGAAAAGGACAUUAAGACAAGAACACAGGAAUAUGUUGAAAAACAGGCACAUCUUCAGUCACAGCCAAACCAAGCCACUGCAGCUUCACAAUUCGCAGGACCUGAUUCAGAUGGAAGUUUUGUAACGUGGCAUGCCCCAUCACCAAAGGACGUGCAUGUGCAGACCAGUGACAAUAAUACUCAAGAAAAUGCAGCUUUCAGCGACAAUGAUCUCAAACGUUGCAGCCAUGCAAACAACUAUGACGGGCAGAAUGGACCCCAAGCGAAACCCAAGUCAACUCAAUACUCUCACGGGUUUUCAUUAAACGCUACAGCACCAUCGUAUGUCCCACGAGGUAUGGGCCCACCCAUCAGCACAACACCGGAUACAGAACACUUAGCUUGUUACUUGGCCCGCCGCGACUUAAUAAGUACAAGUCUUUACCCGUUCGAUGACAAACCCGAAAGUUACAGAGCAUGGCAGUCAUCAUUCGUCAACACUACUGAAGGUGUAGGACUCACAGCCACUGAAACGUUGGAUCUGCUAGUUAAGCGGCUCGGGACUGAGUCCGCCAAACAUGUCAAAAGGAUUCGAUCAGUGCACGCAGGGAACCCAAAUGUAGCUCUGGAGAAGGCCUGGGCACGCCUCCAAGAGUGCUACGCUGCACCUGAAGUGACAGAAAAGGCUCUGUUUAAAAGACUUGACAAUUUCCCCAAAAUAUCUGCCAAAGAUUACAGCAAGCUGAGAGACUUGGGUGACUUGCUUAUGGAAAUUCAAGGUGCAAAAGAAGAGGGGUACUUAAAAGGACUCUCGUACUUGGAUACUGCCAGAGGCAUUGGCCCCAUAAUAGAAAAGCUUCCCUACGGGAUUCAAGACAAGUGGCUCACAGUCGGCUCAAGGUAUAAGGAAGAAUACAAAGGUCAGUUUCCACCAUUUGACUACUUCACCAGUUUCAUCUGUAAUGAAGCACGCAGGAGGAACGAUCCAAGCUUUCUGUUUUCUCGCAGUCAUGAAAGACAGCAUGAAGCGCUUUCAAGGAGCUUUGGAAACAAAAUAUCAGUUCAUAAAACUGAGGUUUCUACAGGGGCAAACCAGCCAACAAAUCCACAAGUGAUGCAUCUCAGAGGACUAGAGAAAAACUGCCCUAUCCACAACAAAGCACACCCACUGAGAAAGUGUAGAGCAUUCAGAGCGAAAAGUAUCGAGGAGAGGAAAACUAUUCUCAAACAAAGUGGGAUCUGUUUCAAAUGCUGCGCGGCAACUAGUCAUCUUGCAAAGGACUGCAAAGCCCAGGUAAAGUGUUCCGAGUGCAACAGCGACCGCCACGACACAGCAAUGCACAUCAGCGUGUCACCUCAAGGUUCCACCAGGCCUGCUCCCCCAGCAAGAGACGGCGGGGAGGAGGAACAAAACUGA